CGCCGCUUCGUCUGAUCCCACAUCUUGACCGUCCCUUCCACUUGCUGCCGCUCCCCUUCGCCGUCGCAGCCGCCCUACUUUCGCUCACCGGGCGCACACCAAUCGUUCCUGACCUUGUCUUGGAGCUAAUUGUCCCUGGCGCGCUUUCCUCGCGCGCCAACCUAGUUUCGGCAUGGCGCCAUCCCUCUCGCUCAAUCCUUCUUGGCCGCACUACGCGGGGAUUGUUGUAACUAUUCUCAGUGUGAUUCUUGGAGCGGGACGGUAUCUUCUAGACUGGCAAGAUCCAUACCGCUGCGAUGCACUUCUGCAGCGCGGUAGCUGGCUUGACUCGUCGUUCAAGAACUGGCAGCCAGAUGGAUGCAUGAUGCAUCAGUACAAACCAGCCGACGCAGCAACAUGUUUCGCGUCGCGCGACGUCCUCUUCAUUGGCGAUUCCAUCACCCGCAACCUCUUCUUCGCGUUUGCGCAUCUCUUGGACCCAUCUAUCCCUGCGACAACGCCUACCACUGGUGAGAAGCAUGCAGACUACACGGCGCGCACACCAUCGGGCAUGGAGCUCUCCUUUCGCUGGGACCCAUACCUCAACUCGUCUGCAACCACAGACGCCGUACGCGCUCGCACUCGUGGCGCGCCGCGGCCUGCGCUACUCGCUCUGGGAAGUGGUCUCUGGUACCUGCGCUACGCGGACUCGACGGGUGGACUUCCCGCCUGGGAAGCUAACACCGAGGCCCUUCUUGCGGAACUCGCUACCCCCGGACGCUCGGCAGCAGACGCCGUGGUCAUCCUGCCUGUCGAAGAAGUCGUGCCAGACAAACUCAGCCCCGAACGCGGUGCGACGAUGCGUUUGGCGGACAUCGACGCGAUGAAUUCGGACUUGUACCACCGGAUCGUCCCUGUGGGAUCGUAUGCUCUACCACCGACCGCGCGAGGUCCUGCCCCAAUUGCAUUGCCGCUGGUGUUCAAUCGGCUCUUGGACAAUGCCGCGACUGAGGAUGGACUGCACUUCGGCCCGGACAUGGUGCGCACGCAGGCCCAGAUACUGUUGAACAUGCGAUGCAACGACGUGCUAGACAAGACAUUCCCCAUAGACAAGACAUGUUGUCGCAGCUACCCGACGCCGUCGUUCUUGCAGCUGCUCUUCAUCGUAUCGCUAGUGGCCUGGGGUCCGUUCAAGUUAUGGGGCGCUUUCCGCGGCGGCCACCUUUCUUUGCCCAUUGUACUGCGUUCAGAAGACAUCCCACCACUCGUUAUCUCAAUCUCUACCUUACUGAUCUUCCUGGCGGAUCGCACGCAUUUCUACUUGAAGGAGCAAAAACAAUACGAGCCAUGGAGCUUCGCGUUCCUCAACCUACUGACUCUCGGCGUCGGGCUGGCAACGGUGAAGCGAGGUGACAAGGACAUGGGCUUCCUGAAUCGCGACCAGACGGAUGAGUGGAAGGGUUGGAUGCAAAUCGCUAUUCUCAUAUACCACUACACCGGCGCGUCGAAGAUCUCUGGGAUCUACAAUCCCAUUCGCGUGCUUGUGGCAUCGUACCUCUUCAUGACUGGGUACGGACACGCCACGUUCUACAUCAAGAAGGCAGACUUUGGAUUCUUGCGCAUCGCGCAGGUCUUGGUCCGCAUUAACCUCUUCACCUGCAUCCUCGCCUACAUCAUGAACACGAACUACAUCGUGUACUACUUCUCGCCCUUGGUAUCUUUCUGGUUCCUUAUCAUAUACGCGACCAUGGCGAUUGGCGCGCGGUACAACGACCGCGCCCCGCUGUUGGCCGGCAAAUUUGUGACUAGUGCCGCAAUCGUGACUGUUGUCAUGAAGGCUGGAUGGCCUAUGCAGAGCCUUUUCGACCUCCUCGAGAUGCUUUGCAACAUCCAUUGGUCGGCAAAAGAAUGGUCCUUCCGAGUAACCCUCGACCUGUGGAUCGUCUAUGCUGGCAUGUUCGCUGCAUUGGCAUUCAUCAAGAUCAAGGACCAUCGGCUGACCGAGCAUCCCUACUGGCCUCACGCUCAUCGCGCGGCUGUGUCAUUGGGAGGGAUGGUCCUGGUCUGGUUCUUCGUCUUCGAGCUGGGCCAGGAAUCUAAAUUCACCUAUAACGCAUGGCACCCAUACGUCUCGUGGGCGCCUGUGCUCGGCUUCGUCGCGCUGCGCAACGCGAGUAGCGUGCUGCGGUCUAGCACUAGCCGAGCGUUCGCAUUCAUCGGACGCUGUAGCCUGGAGACGUUCGUGAUCCAGUACCACUACUGGCUCGCGGCGGACACCAAGGGCAUCCUCCGCGUCGUCGGCUGGCGACCAGCAAACUUCGUGCUGACCAGCGCGGCGUUCAUCUACCUCAGCUGGGUGGUUGCGGACGCGACGGGUAUCUUGACCGCGUGGAUCUGCGGUGGCGCCAAGGGGAAGGGAGGAUUACCUGCGCCGGGAGGACGACAACAACAACAGGCACAGCAAGCACAAGGCCAGGAGGCGAUCCCGCUUGUGCAGCAAAAUGGGAGCAGCGCGGAGGAGCCGAAGGAGGGCGAGCAACCGCGGCGAGCGCUUGAUCGUCUGGCGGAGAGCACGGCGCAGUCAGCUUCGCAGCGAGGCUUCCGCGUGUGGGAGGGCGAUGAUGGGUGGAAACCCGGGCUAAAGGCGAAGCUAGGUGUGUGGCUUGGCGCGAUGUGGCUUGCGAAUGUUUUGUGGGAGUACGUGUAGAGGCGGUGGGCGCGAGGACGCUUUGAACGGACUGUAGCUAUCGUAAAUUAUUCUAAUCGAGAGAGGGGCAUGCUGGACUGUCGCUGCGCCGCCUGCGGACGCUGCGCUCGGAC